AUGGCCGAAGAUGACGAUAAACCCUCCCCUAGUGGGCGCUCUGAUGCGGCGGCUUCGGCCACAACGCCGCCGCAACCGGAGACCGAAGCGGCGGAGUCGAAGGCCGAUGAUCGGUUGAACGAAGAGCACGGCUCUCCGAACCAACGAUUCGAUAUACGCAAUGUAUCUAGCACGCUAGGCCUACACCUCACAAAGAGUCAGUCGUUAUUGGAUUCGAUUCAGAGGACGCUUGAUGAGCAAGCGAAUGCGGCUGCCAGUGUCACGAAUGAUGGGAACUCUGUGACCGGAAAGAAGAGAAAAGCUAUGCCAAACAAUGGAAACGGCACUCGUGAUAGGUUGAAAGCUUCAAAUUUUCCUGCAAAAAGAUUGACAAUCGGGGAUUGGUCGUUUACAUCAACAUAUGAAAGUGAUUUGAUGGCGAAAAUCUACUUUGCAAAGCGUAAGCUUGUAUGGGAAGUUCUUGAUAGUGGCGGUCUAAAGAACAAGAUGGAAAUCCGGUGGUCGGAUAUUUCUGCUAUCAAAGCAACUUACCCUGAAGAUGGACUUGGAACCUUGGAUGUAGCGUUGGCGAGACGUCCUUUCUUCUUUAGGGAAACUGAUCCUCAACCAAGGAGGCACACCGUAUGGCAGAGUACCGCAGAUUUUACUGGCGGACGAGCAAGCACAUAUAGGAGGCAUUUUCUAGAGUGCCCCUCAGACUUGUUAAGCAAGAACUUUGGAAAGCUUUUCCAAUUUGAUGCAAAACUUAAUAUACUCAGCCAACAAGGAGCCGCCAUAUUGGAUUCUCCUGAUGAACUGCAAUGCCUCAUUUUUGAGGAUCAAGUUGAGCCACAGAUGUGCAAUGUUCCUAAAAUUCUGGAUAAGUAUUAUGCACACAGCUGUAUAUUUGCUGAUCCUCAGUUUGGAAGCACUUCAAUGUUUCUAACUCCAAGUGGUCUUGGAAAGGCAUCAGAAUUUGUCCCACAAUCAAUCACUCUACCACGAUCAGAGACAAUAUCACUUAUAGCAGCACUAACUCGUAUUUUCAGAGUAGAGAUUCGGACUAUUGUUACUGGUAUUUGCCAUAUUAGAACACAAGCUCCAACAUCUUGUGUUCUUAAGAAUAUGAAGUAUGUUCUUCCUGCUUAUAGACCGCUUCUUUUUCCCCCGACAAAUACCCAAACUGUUGCGGGAAAUGCUUUCAGUGAAAUGCAGUAUUUGUUGAACCCUAACUUUUCGGGCCAAUAUAAUGUGCAUAGGCUUCAAGGAUCUGUACGGCCGGACAGUUUCGUGAAUCAAAUGAAUCACGGCAUUUCUGAACAAACGGCUUCAUGUGGUCCAUCUUCAGACAAUGAAAUGUUGGGCUAUCUCAUUCAGUGCCUCCUUGAUGAUACCCACGAUGUUCAAGGAGCCUACGACGAGAAGUCUGUCGUGUCUACAAUUGAUUUCCUUCAUUGUCUAAUUCAAGAGCACCCUGCCUCAACUGCCGAGACAGCGAACAGCGAUGGCACGAGUACAGUCAAUAAUUCAUAUGGCACAAACGAGGUGCCAAAUUCAAGUAGUGACGCUGGUGAUGAUGGACCUCCAACAGCGAUCUCCAGAGAAGAAGAAUCUCAUGGGGACUUACUGACUCAAAUUCCUCGAGUAGCCUCGAUGCCUCAAAUUUUCCGGUUGACAUCUGAGGACUCUGACAAUCGGGUGACGUAA